UAAACCCCCCCUGGCAAAGCUGCUAGAGUUUACCACGGAAACGGACUCAAUGAAGCCCGGCCCAUAUGGAAUCUUCUCAGCCCCAUGUCGGCGGCGGCGGCGGCGCCGGCCGAGAGCACGGCCCACGGUCAAAUACAUAUAAAAACCAAAACUGAGUUGAUAAUAGGGGAAGGCGCACGUUAACAGUCUCCGCGUCCCCCGGCGCACAUUAGCCUCCCCUCCCUUAGCGGUGGCCUCAUCUUUCUAGCUCUCCACAUCAGCCGCAAUCCACCACCCCCAAAUCCCUUUAAACCUAACCCUAACCCCCACCCUUCAUUAUGUCACCGUUCUCCGCCGCCCAUAAAUCCUUUUCCUUACCACGCGCUUUCGCCUUUUUCCACACGCGCCUUCUUCAACCACCGCCAUGGCCGCGUCGCCGACCCGAUCGAAUCAGGAACAGUGCACAACCCCGCCUGAGAUCCCGUUCUCCAACGUCACCGUCGCGUCUCACGGCGCCGCUUCCUCUCGCCGUCUCCCUCCGCCGUGCUGGUCGCACGACGAGACCGUAGCGCUCAUCGACGCUUAUAGGGACAAGUGGUAUUCCCUCCGCCGCGGGAAUCUCCGGGCGAAUCACUGGCAGGAAGUCGCGGAGGAUAUCGCCGUUCGGUGCCCUGUCGAUCCGCCCAAGACCUCGAUGCAGUGCCGCCACAAGAUGGAGAAGCUUCGGAAACGCUACCGCGCUGAGAUCCAACGCGCGGCUUCCUACGGCGGCGGCGGCGCCUCCCGCCGCUACUGCUCCACCUGGAUCCACUUCAAACGCAUGGACACCAUGGAAAGGGGCCCCGACGCGGCCUCUCCGCCGCAGGAUGAGGAAGAAUUUGAAGAUGAGCAGGAGGAUUUCAAGCAAAAUAGCGUUAAACACAUCGGUGAUAUAUACAGCCAGCACAAUCUGAAUUCUAACAAACGGAAUAGCUUUCAAGAGUCUAUGAGCAAUGGCGGAGCUGGAUUUCGGAUCCGAAUUCCCAGUGCUAGGCCUAUCCCCACUCCUCCCAUGGCCAAGCCUUACAGCGGCAAAAUUGAUGAAAUGUUGAUCCAAUUCCCUAACCCUAACCCUAACCCUAACCCUAAUCAUGGCUCCAGUAGGUCGUAUAGAGGGGUUAUGAAGAAAGAGAAAGCUUCUUCUUUGGGGAAAAGGAUCGUUGAAGAGGUGGUUGAGAAGAGAAAUGGAGACCCCAUAGCAGAGGCAGUGGCAGCAAUUAAGAUGCUGGGAGAAGGAUUAGUGAGGAUAGAGAAUAUGAAAAUGGAUGUUGCAAGGGAGUUAGAACAGAUGAAGAUGGAAAUGGAGAUGAAGAAGACUGAAAUGAUUCUCGAAUCCCAACAAAAGAUCGUCGAAGCUUUUGCCAUGUCAUUCUCUGAAAAGAACACUAAGAAGGCCAGGAGAAUGCCACCCCCUGAAUGUUAAGAGGGGCUGUGACUGAUCUCUGGUGGAAGAUGUUAUGGAGUUUAUGCAAGACUAGAAUUGCAGGUGGUAAGUUUAAUGCUUCAAUCUCCCAAGGCAAAAUUCAUUAUAGAAGGUGUUCUGGACUUCUGGCUUUGAAAGAUGUUGAUGAGGGCAAGGGUUUUCCACAUUGCAGCUGUGGCUUUUCACUCCUUAUGGGGUCAACCUUCAUGAAAGCUGUUGGUUGUGUAUUUUACUGUGCCUGUUUAGGUCUUUGACAGACAGUUGGGCUGUGACUGUAGAUGCAUUAAUGCUAACACACUACUAUGUCAUGAGGGAAAUGGAUUGUAUAUCUGCAUACCAUUUCAGCAUUUAUUAUUUAGUGACAUUUCAUAUUUCCAUACAA